AUUGAAAGACACUUUUGUGAUCUGCCUGACAAACAACAUGGACAAAUGGACACGUCUACAGAGGGAGAAAGCAACAAGCUAGCAUAUUGUGUAACGGAUGUACCUCCCUGGUACCUGUGCAUCCUGCUAGGCAUCCAGCACUGUUUGACUGCAUUUGGAGGUAUCAUCGCCAUCCCGUUAAUCUUGUCUCAGGGGUUGUGUCUGCAGCAUGACGGCAUCACACAAAGCCACCUCAUCAGUACCAUCUUCUUUGUCUCUGGUAUUUGCACUCUGUUGCAAGUUACCUUCGGCAUUAGACUGCCCAUUCUCCAGGGUGGUACAUUCACAUUAUUGGCACCCUCAAUGGCAAUGCUGUCCAUGCCAGAGUGGACAUGUCCUGCUUGGACCCAAAAUGCCAGCCUAGUCAACACCUCUUCCCCAGAAUUUGUAGAAGUGUGGCAGAGUCGAAUGAGAGCACUGCAGGGAUCCAUUAUGGUGGGCUCACUAUUCCAGGUGUUUGUUGGUUUCUCUGGCCUCAUCGGCCUCUUCAUGCGCUUCAUUGGACCUCUCACCAUCGCUCCUACCAUCUCUCUCAUUGGACUGUCCCUGUUUGACUCAGCUGGUGCCAAUGCUGGCAACCACUGGGGCAUAUCUGCCAUGACCACAGCACUAAUCACCCUGUUCUCACAGUACCUCCGUCAUAUACCUGUGCCCUUUCCUAUGUACAACAAGGAUAAAAAACUGCACAUCUCCCGUGUCUACGUCUUUCAGAUUCUCCCUGUUCUGCUUGGAAUCACUUUGUCUUGGAUAAUCUGCUACAUUUUGACGACCUUCAAUGUACUUCCUGCUGAACCAGAAAAGUAUGGUUACAUGGCCCGCACGGAUCUAAAGGGAAAUGUUAUAAGCAAAGCUCCCUGGAUCACUUUUCCAUACCCAGGUCAGUGGGGGAUGCCGACUGUGAGCCUGGCAGGUGUGGUUGGCAUCUUGGCUGGUGUGAUUUCCUCCAUGAUAGAGUCUGUAGGGGACUACCACGCUUGUGCCAGGCUAUCUGGGGCUCCACCUCCCCCUAAACAUGCCAUAAACAGGGGUAUCGGCAUUGAGGGACUGGGCUGCUUGCUGGCUGGAGCCUGGGGUACAGGAAAUGGUACCACUUCAUACAGCGAGAAUGUCGGAGCCCUCGGUAUUACAAAGGUUGGCAGUCGCAUGGUAAUAGUAGCCAGUGGAGUCUUGAUGGUUGUCAUGGGUGUGUUUGGUAAAGUGGGUGCUAUAUUUACCACUAUCCCAUCACCCGUGAUAGGAGGGAUGUUCAUGGUUAUGUUUGGCGUUAUCUCUGCAGCAGGAGUUUCUAAUCUGCAGUAUGCAGAUAUGAAUUCGUCUCGAAACCUCUUCGUUUUUGGCUUCUCCAUGUUCUCUGGUCUGGUCAUCCCUAACUGGAUCUUAAAGAACCCUGCAGCUAUUGCUACAGGUGUGGUUGAAGUCGACCAGGUGCUACAGGUCCUUCUGACAACCAGUAUGUUUGUAGGAGGUUUCUUUGGCUUCAUACUGGACAACACAAUUCCAGGAUCAAAGCAUGAACGAGGCAUCCUGGCCUGGAACAAGGCUCACGAGGAUGACUCCAGCAACACACUCGAGAGCGGAGAAGUGUACAACCUUCCCUUUGGUAUCAGCUCUUACUUGUCUUCUUCCUCCUGGCUCCGGUACAUUCCUUUCUGCCCUCCUGGUCCUAGUGUGCCCAGCUCCCUGAGAGGAUGCGCAGCAGAUAGUAAUGCCCUGGAGCCUAAGAAGCCACUGGGACAUCCAGAGCCUUCACAGAUCAUUAUUGGAGUCGCUCUGUGAGCUGUUUGCUCACAUCAGCAUGCCAUUUUGGGGAUUUUCCAGCAACUAUACCAUCUGAGGCAGCUCAUUUCGGACCUCUUGUACUUUUGAAGACAAUGUACUGUAACAACAUGGUGCAAAGUAUUUCACAUAAACUGACAUUGGCAAAUGAUAUCUUGCAUAGGAUUAAUAUAUGGAUAUCCUUUAGGGGGGUAGUUAGGUAUCUUUCUACAGAUGUUUUAGUAGAUAUUUUGUAUGAUAUAAAACUGGUGAAGAGAGAGAGAUAUAUAUGUAUAUCUCAACUUGGAGACUUGUUUUCUGUACAGUUUCACAGACAUUUUCACAGAGCAUACACUGUUGAAUAUAAACAAUGAUUUUUUUGGU